CCACGAUCUAGGUUUUCUAUAGUCUCCAAAGUGCUCUCCAGAAUAUCUCACACUCUUAGUGACGAAAUCUGUUCACUACCGUCACCAUGCGUCUUCCAUACAUCCCGAACCCACCAGAAUUCAUUGAGGAGGCGGACAAGGCCGUGCUCGAGCGCAUCAAGCAACGUCGAGGAGAAAAAGGGUUGAUUGCACUUGACCGAACAUUGCUUCAUUCCCCUCCGGUCGCUGAUGGAUGGAACUCCUUCCUCGGCGCAAUCCGCACACGCACCUCCCUCCCACCCUCGAUCCGCGAAACAGCAAUCGCCCGCGUCGCCGUACUAAACAAAGCAUGGUACGAGUGGGAGUCUCACAGCCCCAUCUUGCGUGCUGCUGAAGGAAUCUCGUCAGAGCACAUUAAUGCAGUUCUCAACUCAACGCCGCGGACUGUGGGCAAGGGGAUUCAAGAUGAAAGGCAUGCGGCGGUGUUGUCGUAUACGGAUGCCAUGACGCUGGAUAUCAGUGUACCAGAUGAGGUAUUUGCAGAGCUGAAGAAGCACUUCAGUGAACAGGAGGUUGUCGAAAUUACUGCGACGGUUGCGGCAUAUAAUUGCGUGAGCAGGUUUCUGGUGGCGCUGGAUGUGGGCGAGACGAAUGGGCAGAAGGGGCCGGAGAAGGAUUGGGAGCUUUAAGUUAGACAAAGGUUUGAAU